AUGGGUCUCGCAAAUAUAGAAGAGCUCUAUGACGACUCUCUGUACCAUAUACUUGCCUUUUUGCCCACUGAAGAUCGCAUUAUUUUCGCCCUAGUAUGCCACAGAUUUCGUCAGCUAUUUAUAAAUCAAUGUGCUGCUAAAUUCCGUGUGUAUACCCUCGAUAAGGACAGUUCCAGACUUGAGCUGAUACAAUUUUGUAUUUGUCGCGAGACGGUCGAGUCCUUGACCAUUGAUCUGGAUCACUUUGAUACGGCCCGGUGUUAUAGAACCUAUGGAUGUGUAACUCCAGAAAACUGUUUUCAAAUUCUAUGCCAGACUUUGGCCGGCAUGAGAAGGCUAGAGCAUUUGGUAGUCAAGCAGGAAUCGAUGCUAAUUACACCCAUUGAAAAGCCCUUCGAUCAAAUAUUGACUGCCGUCAGACAUUUGCCGAAGCUCAAAAGAUUGGAAAUUCGUGCUAGAGACGACUGCAGCUUGGACCGUCUAGGCCAACUUUGCCAUCUCGAACACCUGCAGCUUCUCGUCCCCAAAAUCUCACUCUUUACUCUGCUGAAAUGUUGCAAGUCCAGUGGCAAUCUUCGCAGUCUGCAUCUCGGCUAUGCCUGCAUUCAGAAGAAUUGGAGCUACAUAGUGCCGCACUGCAAGAACUUGGAGGUGCUCAGGUUCGGCAUGCCCGCGAAUUCUUCAGAGUAUUUGCAACUGGCUGGGCUGCCGAAGCUCCGGGAACUAUCGUACUUUGGGAUACGCAGAAGCGGCUCCUUUGAGCCACUACUAUCAGCACUGGCUGCCAAAUCGCAGUUGACACAUCUGUCCAUCGACGGAGGCAGUCUUACUCUGCAGGAGACAUGCCAGUUGGUCCGCAUCCAGAGCUUAAGGCACUUCAAGGGCUUCUGCUCAACGACUGACUGUGUGGAGAUGCUGGGUUGUCUGGCCAAUCUGGAGGAGCUCUGCCUCUCGAUGUUCUGCCCAACGGAUGUUUCCAAUAAUCUUCUGCCAAUCAUUGCAAAAUGCAAAGAUCUGAAACUCCUUCGCAUUGCAGGGGGCAAUGUCAAUGCAAAGUCGCUAAAAGAUGCUAUAAGCCUGAGAAAAUCUGAACCAGUUGUGUUAGUAGUUGAAAAAUAG